GUUACAUGCUGCCCUCUCCUUCUCUUCCCUUUACGUGUUACCUUCCUCGCUCCAACCUGGUACCAAACAAGCAAACAACUUCCUCGCCAUCGCCAUCAUCGAAGGUCUGGUCAUGGAGGAGAGCUAGCUAGCUGGAUCGAGUAGCUAGGCAGCUGGAGUUAAUUUCUCUCUUAAGUUGGCUGGGGGUGAUUUCUUGAUCGGGUCAUGGCGCUGGAGGCCGUGGUGUUCUCGGAAGGAUACUACUUCGGAUGCGGCGGCGCCAUGGCGGCGGAGGCGGCUGCAGGAGGGGCUUGGAGCUGGAGCCACGGGUAUGGUGGUGGCGUGGAACAGGGGAAAGGGGUGAUGGAGCUAAUGGUGGACGACGGGGCGAACGCCUACUGGGACGCCGCGGCCGGCGGCGCGAGCUCUUCCACGGUGAUGGCCGUCCCGGGGUUUGAGGAGCCGGACGGCGGUUCGUCCGUCAUCGCUGACGCAGCGCUGCCACCGCCACCAGAGCACGGCGGUGCUGCUGCCGGACAGGUCGGCGCCUCGGCGGCGGCGCCGGCUGCAGGCAGGAGGAAGCGGCGCAGGGCGAGGACCGUCAAGAACAAGGAGGAGGUGGAGAGCCAGCGCAUGACCCACAUCGCCGUCGAGCGCAACCGCCGGAAGCAGAUGAACGAGUACCUCGCCGUGCUCCGCUCCCUCAUGCCGGCGUCCUACGUGCAAAGGGGCGACCAGGCGUCCAUAAUUGGCGGAGCAAUCAACUAUGUCAAGGAGAUGGAGCAGCUGCUCCAAUCCCUGGAGGCGCAGAGACACGCCCGCUGUGCACGCACAUACGACGUCGCCGCCGACGCUGCAGCAGCCGGCGUCGACGCCGACGCCGCCUCGGCCGCAGCCGCGUUGCCUUUCGCGGGCUUCUUCACCUUCCCGCAGUACUGCAUGAGCGUCACGAGCACCACCGCCAGAGCAGCAGCAGCAGCAGCAGCAGCAGCAGAAAACGGCAAUGCCGAUGACGACGACGGCGACGCGUCGGGGUCGAAGCCGUCGACCGUGGCGGACAUCGAGGUGACGAUGGUGGAGAGCCACGCCAACCUGAAGGUGCUGUCCCGGCGGCGGCCGAGGCAGCUGCUGAGGAUGGUGGCCGGGCUGCAGGGCCACCGCCUCGCCGUGCUGCACCUCAACGUCGCCAGCGCCGGCCACAUGGCUCUCUACUCUCUUAGCCUCAAGGUGGAGGACGACUGCCAGCUCUCGUCGGUGGAUGACAUCGCGGCGGCGGUCCACGAGAUCGUCGAGACGGUCGAGCAAGAGCAGCAGCAGCAGCUGAGCUGUAGCUAGAGCUAGAUCGAGAAGCUUUUUCUUGGACCAGGAAAAAAGAACAUUAGCAGUGCCAUCAAUUAAUGCAGCCGUGUAACACGCGUGCCACUUCCAAUU